AUGCCUCCCAGAAGAGCACCAGCUGCCUCGCCGGCCGUCGUGAGUCGCCACACGGUCGUGCCAUCACCUGCUCAGAGCACGAGAAGCACGCGGAGGCGACCAGCGGUGGAUGAUUCGGACCAGUGGGAUAGGCAGAGCGUGGAUAGCACGGCGUCCUUUCAAGUCCCCAAUCCCAAGGGGGCCAAGAAGGGUCCGGUCUAUUAUCCUUCAGAUACCUCGGUCCAGAUCGCCGCAGCGUUCAACGCCGCUCAGACAGGUCAACAUGCCCCAUCCACCACCUCCGCCCGACCGCGCACGGCCCCUGGGCACCGUAAAGCCCCAUCCACCUCCGUCUCUGCUCCUCAACGCCAGCUCUCUCCCGCCCAGUCCAUCCUCUCCUCUGCCCGCGCCCUAUCACCCGUCCGGUAUUUCCUUCGACCGAAUGACGAGUCCGCCGAGCUCUCUGGCGAGCUCAACUCGUUCAGCUCGCUAGGGGAGGAUCAUUCUGCCGAGGCGAGCUACACCUACUCUCGUGAAGAGGAGUUCGUGCGAGCUGCACAGCAGAGCGCGAAGAAUGGGGCGAGAGGGCCGAGAGUGUCUGAUGCGAAGAGAAGGAAGGGGAGGGAUGACGAUAUGCCAUAUCGGCCUGGAAAGGACGAUGAGGUGCAUGAUGCGGAUGAGAGCGAUGGCGAGGGGGAGGGUAUCGUCAGGACCGGUGGACUCAAUGGACGGGCCGGUACCAGAGGGCAGCGGGCGGAGAAGGGGGAAGGGUAUCUGGGGAAUGGACUGGGUAUCCAGCCGAAGGAACGCAAGAUUGGCCGAAAAAGCGGGAUGGAGACGGACGAGGGCAUCGGCCGGAGUGAGAUUGAUGAGGACGAAGAAGAGGAGAAGGAGCCGUAUGAGCAUCGCGGAUACUCGGUCUCGCCUUUCCCGGACCAUGCGCGGAACGGGCGAUCAGCAACGCCUAUGCAGAUCGUACGGGCGACACUUACCCCUCGACCUGCUCGGACCAGCUCAGCCCCCCUCUCUCGCCGUCGUCAUCCGUCAGCGGCUCGGACAAUGGCCACCAACAUCCUACACGGUAUUGCCAUAUCCCUCCGCUUCGUUGUCGACCUCUUACACUCCAUCCUUAGCAGGGCGAUCCUGCGACCCCUCGAGAAGACCCAGGGGCCAAGCAAAGCUAUCCUCGAGCGGAUGAACAAGGAUCGGUGGAAGUGGCUCCUCGGUCUUUUUGCCCUUUCGCUCGGCCUCCGACUGGCGGACGGACAUUGGCGCGGUAGCGUUGGGUUCAGAGCACCAGACCUCCCUCCCUCAUCAAUGGACGAGCUCGUCGCGCGGCUCACCAGCAUCGAGCAGGCCCUAUCGUCCAUCUCCACGGCGAAUCGGGCAUUGGAGCAGCACGAGGCGGAGGGGCGCAAAUCCAGCGAAGCCAUCGUCGGCCGGUUGGGCGAGGUGGAACAGGCGGUCUCGCAUGAGCGGAAGCGGCUGGAAAUUGUGCGCGUCGGCGGAGAGAGGGGUCAGCAUCAGCUCCAGACUUCGCUCGAGAGCAUCAAGAAGGAGGUGAAACAGCUGGCGAGUCGGAUAGUGUCCACCGAGGCGGGGCUGGCGAGCGCCAGCGGUCGGCUAAGCAAGCUCGACGAGGUGGAUAGGGAGGUGCAGUCGCUGAAGGACCGUGUGGGCGCGGUGGAGCGGGAUAUACAGAGCGUACUGGAGGAUGGACGGUUACGGACUGCGCUGGAACGUAUCCUUCCUACCUGGAUGCCGGUGCGGAGGACCGAGACGGGAUCGCUCGAUAUCGAUCCGGUCUUCUGGACUGAGAUGAAGCGGGUCCUGGUUGGACAGGGGGAGGUGGAAACGCUGGUGCGGAAGGCGAUGGGCGGGAAGACGCCAGUACAGUCCGGCGGCAUCACCGAGGCGCAGCUGGACGCGUGGGGAGAUAAGCUGUACGACCGGCAGGUCGCGCGAGGGGAUGUCGUCUCGAGAACGGAGUUCAUCCGCGUUCUCGAGGGCGAGGUGUCGAGCCUCAAAGGCACGAUGGAGGAGAUUCGGAGUCGGCCCGUCCCUUCUCCGGCGCCAGCGAAGAAGGGUUCCGCACCCAUCAUUAAAUCGCCGAAAGGGGAUGAUCUCACCUCGGCUCUUCAGGAGCUCAUCGACGCGGCCCUCCUUCGAUACUCGAAAGAUACAAUCGCUCGACCGGACUACGCCCUCUUCACUGCCGGCGGACGCGUCGUUCCCUCCAUUACAUCCGAUACGCUCGUCAUGUCCUCCCCCGGCGCCCUGGGUCGGGUCAUCCUCGGCCGUAAACCUGUCGAAGGGCUCUCGCCGGCUCAUGCGCUGAUGCCGGAUAAUACGGUCGGCAAGUGCUGGCCAUUCAAGGGCGAUCAGGGGCAGUUGGGGAUCAUGCUGAGUAGGAGGGUGGUCGUGGGGGAUUUGACGCUGGAGCAUGCUGCGAGCGAGGUGGCGGUGGAUAUCCGCAGUGCGCCAAGGGAUGUAGAAGUGUGGGGAUUGGUAGAAGGACAGGAGAACAAGGAGAAGGCGAGGUCAUACCUGGACAAUCACGCACAAGCAGAAACCGCCUCUUUGCCACCUUCCCCAGAUUACCUACUCCUCUCCUCUUUCACGUACGACCCCUCCCUGCCGAAUCACGUCCAGACCUUCCCGGUCGACCCAGAGAUCCAGGCGAUGGGUAUCGACAUGGGGAUUGUCGUUUUCAAGAUUGCUAGUAAUUGGGGAGGAGACUUUACUUGCUUGUACAGGGCGCGAGUACACGGGGAAGUCAAGGCGGAAUGA